AUGGAGCCAGGUGCUGCCACUGUCGCUGGUGGAUCGCACCUACCUGGUGGACAAGCACAUGGCCCGACUCCCAGACAUUGGAUUGCAGGCACCAGCCUCCUCCCCCCCUUCCCUUUAGUCCCCUUUCCUCGCUCCUCUGCCCUCCAAUGGCUUCUUGCUUUGAACAAGGUGCGCAACGUUGCCACGACACGCGCCGUGUCACCCUCGGCUGCUGUCGUCGUCGCCCCCAUCCGCAAUCCUUGGCUGCAGGCGGGAUCUCGACAAUCCCGUCCAACGCGCCGACGCAAAGGUUGGCCCGACACUUCACGGCAACCCUCGCCCGCUCUGGAGAGAAGGACGGGCCGAGCAGCAGGCUCGACGACAUCUCCGUCUCCCGUCAUGACGACGACGUUGCGACGCCGCGUCCCGCCGCCGGCGACGGUGACGGCCGAGGAUGAAUGCUCCGAGCUCGAGGACUGCAAGGCCAAGCGGCCCAAGGGCCGCCACCACGUCCACGUCGUCGAGCGCGUUCCCAAGACGCGCAAGCGCCGCAACACCUUCAUCUUCCUUCUCGGCAGUCUCUUCGGCCUCAUCGCCGCCGGCUUCUUCGCCAAAAGCAACGAUCUCAUCGACUUUCCCGAGUUCGGCGACCUCACCAUGGACAGCCUCUUCGACGUGCUCCCCGCCGGUCUCGUGAGGGACAUGCGCGAUCUCGUCCAGGGCGAGCGCGAGGUGACGGACUCGUACGACUCCUUCUCCGUCGGCCUCAAGGCUCGCGCCGACGGCCUCGGCGCCCACCACGCCAUGAUCAUGGUGCCCGGCGUCAUCUCCACCGGCCUCGAAUCCUGGGGUACCGCCAACGUGUCGAGGCAGUACUUCCGGAAGCGUCUCUGGGGAAGCUGGACGAUGAUGAGAGCCCUCGUCCUCGACAAGGAGGUCUGGAAGAGGCACAUCAUGCUCGACAAGAAGACGGGCCUCGACCCGCCGGCGAUCAAGCUUCGCGCGGCCCAGGGGUUCGACGCCACCGACUUCUUCAUCACGGGCUACUGGAUCUGGAACAAGAUCUUCGAGAACCUGGCGACCAUCGGCUACGACCCCACCAACUCCUUCACGGCCGCCUACGACUGGCGCCUGUCCUACCCCAAUCUCGAGUUCAGGGACCGGUACUUCACGCGGCUAAAGUCGUACAUCGAGACGGCCGUCGCCGUCGACGGCAGAAAGGUCGUCCUGGCCUCCCACAGCAUGGGCAGCCAGGUCGUCUUCUACUUCUUCCACUGGGUGCAGUCCGAUAAGGGAGGCGGCGGCGGCCAGGAUUGGGUCGAUCGCCACGUCGACUCGUGGAUCAACAUCAGCGGCUGCCUGCUCGGCGCCGUCAAGGGCCUGACGGCCGUCCUGUCGGGCGAGAUGCGCGACACGGCUCAGCUCAACGCCUUCGCCAUAUACGGGCUGGAAAAGUUCCUCAAGCGCGAGGAGCGGGCCGAGAUCUUCCGCGCCAUGCCCGGCAUCUCGUCGAUGCUCCCGCUCGGAGGCAACGCCGUCUGGGGCGACCUCGGCUGGGCGCCCGACGACCUGGCCGACCAGUCCUUCUCGUACGGCUCGCUCCUCAACUUCAAGGUCGGCGCCAACUGGACGACGCCGAGCAGGAACUUUACCGUCGAGGACUCGCUGUCGCACCUCAUGAACACGACCGAGGACUGGUACCGGAACCACGUCAUGGGAAGCUACUCCCACGCCGUCGCCCAUACGGCCGCCGAGGUGGAGCGGAACGAGGACGACCCGAGGAAGUGGAUCAACCCGCUCGAGUCGAGACUUCCCAGGGCGCCGAACCUGAAGAUCUACUGCUUCUACGGCGUCGGGAAGCCGACGGAACGGGCCUACUACUACCGGGCGCCCGACCCGGCCGCGUCGUCGGGCUUGAACUUCACCAUCGACACGGGCCUCACCGAGGGCGAGGUCGAUCGCGGCGUCAUCUUGGGCGAGGGGGACGGGACGGUCAACCUGCUGAGCACGGGCUACAUGUGCAACCGCGGCUGGCACAUCAAGCGAUACAACCCGGCGGGAUCCAAGAUCACCGUCGUCGAGAUGCCGCACGAGCCGGAGAGGUUCAACCCGAGAGGCGGGCCCAACACGGCCGACCACGUGGACAUUCUCGGCCGCCAGAACCUCAACGAGCUCGUGUUGCGCGUCGCCGCCGGCAAGGGCGAGACCAUCUCGGACUACAUCGUGAGCAACAUCCGCGAGUAUGCUGCCAAGGUGAAGGUGUACGAGGAGGACGAAGCUUAA